UGUAAUAUAUGUUUUACGAUAGACAGUUCUUGAUUGAUUAUAAGAACAAAGCACCAACCUUAGUUUCCAAUUUACGUAGCCAAGUAUCCGGUAAAUAGGCAAAACAAUUAUUCACUGUUAUAAACUUAACAAUAAAACGUUCACUUUGCAUUCUCGUUCAUAAAAUUACAGACCAAUGAACUAAAGUUCAGAGAAUACGAGAAGAUAUACACGUAUAAAGAGAAUAUAUGAUAAAUAUUCGGUGGUGUUCAUUAUUUCUACAUCUCUGAUUGGUUGUUAUGAAUCAGAGCACAACCAAUCAGAGAAAGUACUAACAAUAACUGUGAUAUUUUGAACGGCGUCAACUUCAGUUGCUCUGACGACAUACAAAUGAGCUGUACAGUAACGUAUCGGUGGCGAAAGAAUUUUAUAAAUGAGAAACAUCCUUGAACCAGAGCACAUCAAAUUAUAAUUCUUCCAAUAGCUUCCAAAAGAAAAAAAUCAAAUUUUUUAAUUUCAAGAAUUUAUGAGAAUGGCACCAUCAAAAAUUUUAAAUGUGCAAAAUAAACAAAGUGGUACUAAUGUAAUAAGAAAAGGAAUAACUACAAGAAGUCAAAAUUCUGCAUUAAAUAAUGUUUUACUUAAAGCACCUGCUAAUGGUAAAGAAUCUCGUGUGAAAAGGAAAGCAGAAGCAUCACCACCAAAGGAAAAAACUACAAAAAGAUCUGCAUGGAAUAUUACCAAUGCAAUUGGAAAAACAUUGGGUACACAUCAAACACAAGAACCAAAGAAAGCAGUAAAAAAAACAACAGUUACUCAAAUAAAAUCCUUCACUCAGACAAGUUCUAUUAGAACGCUCGAAAAAGGUGUAAUUAAACCAGAGGUAAUACCUCAGAAACCAAAGCCAGUGCCUCGUGUAAAACCGAUAAAAAAGGACGAAGAAAAAACUGAAAUACCUAGUAAAAUUUUAAAUGUUAGACGUAGUUUAGAUUUAGAAAAGUCAGAGGACAGUUCUUUGUAUGUAAGUGCAUUAGAAGAAAUAACAGAUGAUAGUACAAAGAAGUCCAGAAGAAGUAAUAUUCAGCCUGAGGAACCUGAAAAAACAGAAGUAGGAAAUGAAUCAAAUGAGCCUCAAGUACCUGCAAAAACUCAAGAAAGGUCAGCAGCUCAAUUAGAUGCUGCUCCUGAGCAAAUAUUGCCAGAAGGAGUUCAGUGGGAUUUUGAUGCAGAAAAUUGGUUGGAUCCAUUUCAAGUCUCUCAUUAUGCCAUGGAUAUUUUUAAUUACUUAAAAAGUAGGGAACAUUUAUUUCCUAUUGGAGAUUAUAUGGAAAGACAAGUAUGUCUUUCGCCAUGGAUGAGAGCCUUACUAGUUGAUUGGAUGGUAGAAGUUCAAGAAUCUUUUGAACUCAAUCAUGAAACUUUAUAUUUGGCUGUGAAAUUAGUUGAUCUAUAUUUGACAAAAGUAACUGUUGUAAAAGAAACAUUACAAUUGUUAGGUGCUGCAAGUCUUUUCAUAGCAAGUAAAUAUGAUGAAAGAAUUCCUCCAAUGGUGGAAGAUUUUUUGUAUAUAUGUGAUGGUGCUUAUAAGCAAAGAGCAUUAAUUAGAAUGGAAAUGAGUAUAUUAAAAGUAGUUGAUUUUGAUCUUGGCAUACCUCUCUCUUAUCGAUUUCUUAGACGAUAUGCCAGGUGUGCAAAAGUUUCAAUGCCAACAUUAACUUUAGCUCGAUAUAUUUUGGAGUAUUCAUUAAUGGAUUACUCGACGAUAAGAAUUAGUGAUAGUAAAAUAGCUGCAGCUGCACUUUUACUUGCAUUACGAAUGAAAGAUUUAGGAGGGUGGACUUCAACUCUAGAAUAUUAUAGUGGAUAUAAAGUUGAUGACAUACGAGAUAUCGUACAUCUUUUAAACCAAGGAUUACAUCGAAAAGAAACUCUUACUACUGUACGUAACAAGUACAGUCAUAAGAUAUUUUUUGAAGUAGCAAAGCUGCCAUUAAAAGAUACUUUAGAUAUAUAAAUAAUUUAAAUAAGGAAAUAUAGUUGACAGUAUGCAAGAUUGCCUAAUCAUUGAUAGGUAGUCUGUAAUAAAAUUUGCGAAGAAUUAAAAUGAUCACUGAGCGUUAAUUUAUAAAUCAAGAUAACUGUUAAUUUAUGUCAUAAUGAAAUCAUAAUAAGUAAAUCUUUAAA